AUGCUUCAUUUAAAUAUCAAUUCAGAAGGUUCAGAUCUUACAUCAGGGUUAAAUGGUGAAGAAAUUGUAUGGAAGGUUCUUGUUCUUGAUGCUAAAAGUACCUCUAUCAUUUCAUCUGUUUUAAGGGUCAAUGAUUUAUUGAGAUGUGGUAUAACAAUGCAUACUGUGAUUAAUUCUUCAAGAUCACCAUUGCCAGAUGUUCCUGCAAUUUAUUUUGUCGAACCUACAAAAUCAAACAUUACUCAAAUUGUCCAAGAUUUGAAAGAUGAUAAAUACUCAAGUUUCUAUAUUAAUUUUACAUCAAGUUUAAACCGUGAUCUUUUAGAAGAAUUUGCAAGUUUAGUUGCUGUCACUGGUAAAUCAUCAAAAAUCUUACAAGUUUAUGAUCAAUAUUUGAAUUAUGUUGUUACAGAACCAAGUUUGUUUUCAUUAGAACUACCAAAUAUAUAUUCUUCGUUUAGUGAUGCCAAAACAACUGAAGAUCAAAUUAAUGAAUUGGCUGAUAAAGUUGCAAGUGGAUUAUAUGAUUCUAUAAUAACUUUAGGAAACAUACCAAUAAUACGUGCUCAACCAGGUGGUCCAUCUGAAUUUGUUGCACAAAAAUUAGAUCAAAAAUUACGUGAUUACGUUAUAAGUACAAAAUUCUCUACAAGUCAAGAUUUUUCACAAAGAUUUGUCUUGGUAUUACUAGAUCGUAAUUUAGAUCUUGCUGCUAUGUUUGCUCAUUCAUGGAUUUAUCAAUGCUUAGUUGCAGAUGUUUUCAAAUUAGAAAGAAAUACAAUUACUUUAGAAACUGAAGAAAAUGGUAAAAAAUCUAAAAAACAAUAUGAUUUAGAUCCAAAAGAUUUUUUUUGGAAUAAAAAUUCUCAAUUACCAUUCCCAGAUGCUGUUGAUAAUGCUGAUACAGAAUUGAAAAAUUAUAAAGAAACUGCAGCUGAAUUAACUAAAAGUGGUGGUGCCCAAUCUUAUAAUGAUCUUGAUGGUAAGAAAGAUGACACUUUACAACAAACUGUUAAUCAAUUACCAGAAUUAACAGCUAGAAAGACAAUUAUUGAUAUGCAUAUGAAUGUUUUAUUAGCUUUAUUAAAUGAAUUGAAAGCUAAAGGAUUGGAUUCAUUUUUUGAAAUUGAACAAAGUUUAAGUGAUCCAAAAUCAAGAUCAACAUUUUUAGAAGUUUUAAAUACAGAUAAUAAUACUCAUAAUUUAGAAGACAAAUUAAGAACUUUCUUAGUCAUGUUACUAACUACAGAUUUACCAACAAAUUUUAUUAAAGAAGUUGAAGAAAGUUUUAGUAAACAUGAAGGUUUUAAUAUUGAAGCAUUAAAAUAUAUUCGUAAAUUUAAAGAAAAUUCUAAAAUGAGAGAUUCAUCAAUUGUUUUAAAUAGUUAUGCAAAAGAUACAACAAAACAAAAUUCACAAGCAAAUUCAGGCGCAUUAUUUUCAAGUUUAUCAUCAAAAUUAUAUAAUUUAACAGAUGGUAAAUUAACUGAAGGUGUUGGUUCAUUAAUUUCAGGUAUCAAGAGAUUAUUACCAGAAAAAAAAGCAAUGCCAAUCACAAAUAUAGUGGAAACAAUUAUGGAUCCACAAAAUGCAGGAGAUGAAAGAUUAAGAGUUACAGAUGAUUAUUUAUAUUAUGAUCCAAAAGUUAUUAGAGGUUCACAUUCAAAACAACCAAAAAGACAAUCAUAUUUAGAAUCUGUUGUUUUCGUUGUUGGUGGUGGUAAUUAUUUAGAAUAUCAAAAUUUACAAGAAUGGGCAAAUUUAGCUACAAGUCAAGGUAAUAGUAAAUCAGUUAUUUAUGGUUCAACUCAAAUUUAUUCACCAACUUCAUUUUUGAAAGAAAUUUCAUCAUUAGGUAAUUAG